GAGGGGCGACUGGAAAUCAUUCACCGCUCUGACCCAUUCAUCUUCUUCAUUCAAUAAUCGCCCUUCAUCAUUCGCUAGUGCAAUUCUUCGCGACCGCCUUGCGUGAACAUUUGUUCGCAGCCAUGCAUUCGCUUUGUGCCUGUCACGGGUCACGUCAUUCGCCUCCUGCAUACAUACAUGGCCAUGUACAUUGACGGUUAGGAACAUCCAAGGUCUUGAUGCAAUUAUCCAUCCGCUCCGGAUGUCUACGCUUGUCUCACUUGACCCCCGCCAGCCAAUACACCGCGCAAUCAACCAGCGCCGCCAAACGUAUACAUCUUGAUUGUAUUGAUCAUAUGAAGCCCAAAUCGGGCAUCCACCAUCAUGAGUCGUAAUCUAACGUCGACAUGUUGCCCUUCAAGCCCUCCCGCUAGUCUAGUCAAGCCCAUCAUGACUACCUCGAAUUCCGGUUUCUGGCGACUCAGGCCUUGGAAUCAUUGCUAUCCAACCACACAACCGCCAUUAACUCUUCUCCUAGUGUUCGCGAGGACGUGAUAACGCGGCGAACGCGUCCGUACGAGUCACACCGGCCUCUGUCACCGGUGUAGCUUACACUGCACGGUACUCCAGCCCGUCUGCUGGGUUCAGCUUACGAAGCUGCCCCCCACUAUCGUAGCGAUAUACGCAUGCCGUGUGCGCACUUGUACAAUGAUUUUCCGUCGUUUAUCGCGUCCUAGCACCCCAAUGCAGGGUCUUGAUGUCAGAACUUUAUUAUCAUCACUUGCAGCAAGGCGACAUCAAUCCCGCCUGCACAAUGCUCGGGGCCUGAGUUGAUUUUAUGUCUGCAACCAUUUGCACAUUUCUACUUUCUUUCUCUGUUUCUCUCUGUGAAAGACAGUACCAUGCAAGUUCAGACAUGGCCUGUUACCCACAUAGCCCCAGGGCUGAGAAGAGAAGCUAGAGGCCUAAAAUACUCUUCCCUUUUGGGUUCAUCGAGCUCACCUCAUUCGCAAUCCUUUGGGCUGCCACUCGAGCACCUGAUCGGGCAUCCGACACCGAUGUUGAAAAUUCUCUGGCCCAAGAAGCCGACGCCAAUUGUGGCUUGAUUCACUUAUCAGUUGCUGAGGCUAUGCAAUCACCGUAAACCAUCACCGUCACUUCCUGUCUCUUACCGCUCAUGGAGACUUGCAACGAAUUUUCUACUAGUACAACGAUGCAGAAAUACAGCUAGAUACACGGUAAAGUCUGAUAGGUUACGCGAUUCUCACGAUCUGUUUUCGCAUCUGACCGACCCACCACCGGCGUUCUGGAGAUCGCGAUCGCGCUUGCUACGCCGACUACAAUUUUGUACGCUCGCCAAAAAUGCAGGGAUGAUGGAUGUCGGUGGUUCAAAAAACGUCUAUACAACUGCCUUGAUUUGGGUGUUGAGGCUCCCCCAUGUUACACACCGCCACUCAUAACCGAAGAAUUUGUACGCUAAGAACCUACGCUAAGGUUUGUGCGAGAUGACUCUGAAUGGUAUACUAAUAUUACCUCUCACCAGCUCACCCCUACAUGAAGAGGGCACGUGAACAGAGCUUGACAUAUAACAACGCAGUCGUUGGUACUUGACAUCGCCGAACGAAACUCCGACCCACCGGCUACCACGACGCCGAACCGUUCGGAUCUAAUUAGAUGCCAGCAAUGGCCUGCGUUUUUCUGCGAGGACACGAGGCUUUCACCGCUCACGGGGAGGAACCACAAUGCUCCACUCGAUGACGUCUUUGCGCGGGCGGAUAACUGUCAAAAUUCUUUUACCAGCUGUUCGUUCUCCACAAUAACAUUGGGGGCAGCACCGUGCUUUCUACCGUGCACUUGCACAGUACACUUGCACACCAAUUAGUUUACGAAACCGAGCCCAAUCCCUUACCAAGGGCGCAGAGUCAUGCAUUCUCCUACUCUGCAAUACCUUUUCAUUUGCUAAGCUUGAAUAGCCAAUCCCUGCUCCAUAUCGAUCAUAUAGUUCUAUAUAGAUCCAUAUAGAUCCUGUGGGUCUAUAACUUGGCUGCCUUACGCGUCUUUUCUUCCUGUACACGUGAUGCUAUCCCUUAUUCCUCAAAUAAUGUCUCUUGGACAUCGCUUGCUUCUGCUCCGUUUCUCCUGACAUGCCAUGCUGGCAACUACGAUGACAUCUUCUUCUAAUGACGCAAGUAGAAGCCGCAGACACGUGUCCAGGCUGGGCAUUGCAGAUGAGGAUUUGAAAAAGAAACUGGGUUGUGUUUGCUGAAACGUACAAGUCACAUGGCUGCUGUGUUUUUGAUGUUUAGAUCGCACAUGGACGCUGAGAUCGAUGAUCCGGAAUCAAAGUUGCAAACGCAUCACUUACACAGCACGACGGUAACAGGAAGCAAGCAAAUAAUCCCAUCUCACGUCAAUUGAACCAUUCUUGCUCCAUCUCCUCCCCCUACACCCCAUCCCAGACAAAUCAAGUCCCACAACACCAUCCACCCCAACCCCC